AUGAAACAGCCCGCGGCGGAGGUGUCGGGUGUCUCCUCCCUCAGCGAUGCCGACAGGGAGAGAGACGUCAACCAGGUCGUGGUGCUCUCCCCACCACAAGCAGCGAGUGGCCGCGGGUUCCCACCGUUACGUCCCCCUCGCAACUGCAGCCCGUCCCCAAAGCAAAGCGAUGAGGCCGAAGAAGAGGCUCUGGAGGACAAAAACCUUGUCGAGCUUCUGCAGAAGGCCUCACGAGUCAUCAAAGAUGAGCGCGCACGGUCAGCGGCGCUGCAGCAAGAGCUCGACGAGCUCCGGAUUUCCAAUUCAGCUCUCUCCUUCACGCGAGAGCUGCAAAAGGAGAACCAAAGGCUGAAAAAAGAGUUGAUGUCUCUGCACAAACAGAUAGACCAAAUGCAGCUGUUGAACUAUCCAUUGGGUCCGCUGAGAGAAGUAGAGCAAGAAGAUCAGCAACAACAACAACAACAACAACAAAAGAAGAGCAGCGGGUCGCCUCCCCCUAGUCGUGGCGAUAGUGUCUCGUCAAAGCGGUCGGCCAUGAAGACGCCGCUCACGCAUUGCACUCUAAACAUGGUUCCCGGGAAAAACUAUAGUGACGCGCAGCAUACGAAGAAGCAAACCGUCUCACUGCAGCGCCAGCGGUUACUCGCCCCUAGGGACAACUCCGGUGGGAGGGAGUCGACGGAACAGCAGCAACGCCGAUCUCCCUCAGUUGUGAGGCGUGCGACACCGUCGCUCGCCCCACCGACGGUCCCCCCUACUGAAAAAGAAGAAGCUGUAGCGCCGCGCUCUCGCUCGAAACACGUUGCCGCAGAAGACCUCUGGAGGGCUGGUGCCUCGUGUGGAAGCGGGACAGAGUACAGCGUGGCCAUGAUCACGCGACUCCGUCGCGCAAUGGCCCCGCCACCGACGAAAGAACAACUCGGCGAAGUCAUACACGCAAUGGUGCAGGAAAUCGUCCGAGACACACGUCGGCGCGGAAUUAACUUACAAAUGACGCGGCAGUCGCCGUGCGUAUACCACUUUGGAUACCGCGGUAUUCAUGCGAGAAGGGGGAAGAGUGCCGCCACGCGGGUGGUGCACUUGUCGAUUGACAGUGGGCAGCUCACCGUAAAGGUGGGUGGUGGCCACGAAAACUUCUUAGAUUACUUGGAGCGUUAUCGUUCCUCAUCAGCUGUAUAG